AGACAUUCUCUGCUCCAACCUACACUAAUGCGGUUGGCUAGUCGGAAGUAGAGCUUACCGUGCCUGUGUGGCUUUGGAUAUAUGGAAAGACGCGUGUAAUACAAUGGGGAACAGCAAUAAUGCCACAGCCCAGAAUGAUGCUGGUGGUGACAGGAGAUGAUUUCGGCUACUGUCCCAGGAGGAACCAGGGGAUUGUGGACUGCUUCCAGGCUGGAGGCAUUUCCAAUGUGUCACUGCUGGUUAACGCAUCUGCUGCCAAAGAGGCAGCAGAUCUGGCUAAAAGGCACAAGAUACCCAUUGGCCUCCAUGCCAACCUGUCAGAGGGCAUUCCAGUGUGUCAGAGCCUCCAGCAGGCCUCCACUCUCAUAAACCAGCGUGGCUUAUUCCAUGGAAAGAUAGGCUUCCGUCAGGUCCUGGAGAGAGGUCAGCUCAGCAUGGAACAGGUGGAGCAAGAGUUGAGAGCCCAGGUCAGGCUGUUCAGAGAACUGACAGGUCACCUGCCCCACCACAUGGAUGGACACCAACACGUCCAUGUACUGCCAGAGGUGCGUGAGGUGUUUGCACAGGUCCUGUCUGAUCUCAGGAUUCCAUAUACCCGUGUUCCAGUGGAGUCAGGUUUACGCAGCUGCCCCUGGUUACCUUCAAACUUCCAAAGAUUCUACACACAGGUGGAGAAGGAUGCUCAGGACUCCAUUCCUGUCUUCACACGCUACGGAAUCAGAGGAUCACAGCUGAAGCUCCAGGCUCGCUGUGUGCAGGCCAGCGUUCACACUGCGAGGGCAGUUCAUUUGCCCCCGCUGAGGUCGACACACUCACAGCAGAGAGAUAAAAACACUGAUAAGGCACAACGAGGAGCGGUGGUUCAGACUCCGGCUCUACCCGAUGAGCCUCAGCGCACCAAGAGACAGGCUAUCUCUGCAGAACCAACAGCACUGGACCCGUCACAGCUCACUGACGUUACACUGACCAGCUACUGCAAGACCAAAGAGUCCAGUGAGCUGAUCCAUAGAGCUCUGCUGGACAACGACUUCAUGAAACAUCUGGAACACGGGCAGAUCCUCACCAUCAUGGACUGUAUGCGUCCCACCAGCCUGACCAAGGGCUGCUGCGUCAUCCAGGAGGGAGACGACGGCUCCACCGUCUACGUUCUGGAGGGUGAGGCCCCUCAGUGCUCCUAA